AUAAACAAUUCAAAAUAAGGAAUAAAACACGAUUUGCAAACAAUGACAGAAAAGACAAAACAGUUUAAAUAUUUAGCUCAAUGUGGCCUGAUACUAUUUUUAUUUUUCUGUAUACUCAGCUUGACUGAUACAAUUUCAUCAAUGUCAUUAAAAAGAAGAAAGAAAACAGAAACGAGUUCACACGUGCCUUUAUACACAGAAUCGCCAGUAACAAGACAUUAUAACAGCUUGAUCGAAAAAAGGAAGGGUUCAAUAUGUCCUAUCUUGCAAGGUGGACUCGGUAAUAGAUUGUUUCAAUUCUCUACUGCGUUUGCUGCUGCAAGGUAUAAGAAUAUGGAUCUCAUUAUACCCUCUGAUGCUGAAAUCAGCAAAGUUUUUGAAAUUAAUGAGACAUUCAAUGAAGCCAAAGAAGUGUGUAAAGGGUUUCGAAAAGUUUUAGAUAAAGCUUCUCUAACAUUCCAUAAAAACUUAAUGAACUUUAGCUCAACUGAUAAUAUUCAACUUGGAUAUGGCCUUCAGUCAUGGAAAUAUUUUUAUAUGUAUGAUAAACAGCUUAAGAUGCAAUUAACAUUUAGAAAACAUAUAAAGAAAAAAGCAAAACAGACGAUCGAUAAAAUACUACAACGACAUAAUAUUAAGUCUCGCAAGAGUGUUAAUUUGGUGGGUGUUCAUAUAAGGCGAGGGGAUAGAGUUGGUAAUCAUGAUGGGUUGAACAUCGCUACACCAGAGUAUUUAAGCAGAUCUGUUAACUAUUACACUCAAAAAUAUGAAGCUGUUUUAUUUUUAGUUAUAUCAGAUGGGAUGUCAUGGUCUAAAGAAAAUAUGCCAUCUCAUGCCCCAGUAGAAUAUAUAUCAUUGGGUAAAAGAGAACUUGAUAUGGCAACUGUAGUUGCCUGUGACCACACAAUCAUGACAAUAGGAACGUUUGGCUGGUGGAUCGGCUUCCUAACAGGUGGAGACGUGGUAUACGUGAAGGAUGCAGCAGCAAAGGGUUCACGAUUUGAAAGAAUACUAAAUUUUGAAGAUCAUUACUAUCCUCACUGGAAGUCGAUCGUCAAGUCGUCUAUUUAUUAGGUUGAAGAAGUAAAAUGGCGUCCACGUAUGGCACUGGAUCCCGAUUUUGUUGUUUUCAAAGACAUCCAAUCGUUCUACCUCAGGAAUAGAUUACCUUAACUGUAUUUGGCAAAACUUUUAGGAAUUUUUGGUCCUCAAUGCUCUUCAACUUCGUACUUUAUUUUGCCUUUUUAACUUUGUUUGAUUCGAGCGUCACUGAUGAGUCUUUCGUAGACGAAACGCGCGUGUGGCGCAAAUUCAAAAUUUCAAUUCUGGUACCUAUAAUGAGUAUAUUUAUGAACCGCAUGUGGCGUCGAAAGUAGCACUUCGUCGCCCACUGCAAGCUCAUUUGGUAACGGCCACGUGUAAACUUACAAAACAACAAAUUCUCAUGCGAUGAAUGUGGUAAACUUUUUGAUGUUCCUUGUACUCAUGUAAUACUAUCAUGUGACUAUACAGCUGAUGCUCGAGAUAGAUUUUGGAGCAGCAUUAUAGACAUAACCCCGAUUACAUUUAGUGUUCACCUAGUAAAUAUGACUGACAAUAAAUUGCUAAGUUGCAUUCUUGCCUGUGACACGGAUUUUGAUUUAGAGAAUAAGGAACGUGGGCCGUUUAACUUAGUGUGUGUAAGUUUUAUCUAAAGAUCUUGUGAACUGUUACAGAACUGAAACUGCUAGCAAACCAACUAUAUUAAAACCUUUUAAGAACAUAUUUUAUCGAUUGUACUUUUCGUCGUGAUCCCGUUGACAAUAUCACCGUCGUAAGUAACUUACUCUGUGUAAUCAUAACUCAGUGU